CAAUAGAUAUUUCAGACCAAGUGCUAACGCCGAGCAAAAACGCUUCCUACGUUGCGUAUAACUCAGCGGUGUAACUUUGCUACGCACAUUAUCGCAUUGCUUGAUAUUUGCAAAUAUUGGAGACUUGGGCAUUGUUGAGACUCGUGGAAGUCAGGCACCGGCGGGAUGGCAAGGCCGUCUCCGCAGAGGGACACUUCUGGAGGAUAGAGCAGCUGGCUAGCGGGCGCAGAUGGACGACCUUGCGCUGCUCUCGCGCAGCGGGCAGGCUGGCUCGGGCCCAAACUUUGGGCAGCCUGGCCGGAGUCGUGCUGCUCCAAAGCGGGCAUCAGUUGCUGGAGAAGCUGUCAUUUAUGAAGAGCAGGAGCUUAACCACCCCUAUCCGGGCGUGGAGAGAAGCUCGAGUGCGGAACAUCGGGCAACCCACGCAGCAGUGCGCUUAGCGUCGGUCCCGCAAGCUUGGGACCGAUGUAACUCAGCGGAUGGCGUGGACCCUGCAGUCGCAAAGCAGCUGGCGACGGCCGUGGAGAGCAAACUGAAGCUCGCUCCAUUACUGGCGAAGAGGCUCGAGCGAGUCUCCCACUCCUCCGGCAGCUUCAGCUCAAGGAGCGUCACCAUAGUGAACUCCGGGCAGCCCGGCCCCAGUGGCCGGAACACGCCGCAGCGGCGGAUAUCGGGUGCAGACUACAACAAGCUCAACUACCUGGUAACGUCGCUUGAGGGGGCCAGAGGAGACCGUGGCCUCAAGGUGGAGGGCUCCGCGCGUCUGCCACAGGUGGGCGUCAAGGAGACGGGCGGUUCGCCGACCACAUCCAAAAAUGGUUCCGCAAACAACCACAACUUUGAGGAGGCAAAGCGCCAGGUGGACCGGGACCUGCGCUUGUUCCUGGAGGAUGUGCGCGACUUGUACGCGCAAAUCAGCCUGCGUGAGGGCGCGGAUGUGCCCAUCGUGCUGGAGGUCAUUGCGAGCAUUAUGGACAUCGCGGAGGAGUGCCUGGAGACCCCAAUUGAGGACUUCAAGCUGACCAUCACCGACAUCGUGGACAACAUCGAGGAGGAGCGCUCAGCAUGCCAGCAGCGCACCAUCCGUGCGCUGUACACGCGCCUUCUGUUCAUCCUGACGCGGUGCAGCCGCCUGCUAAUAACGGAGCAGCAGCACCUGUUCGCCACGGAGCCGCGCAACCGACGGCGGCACUCGCAAGUGUUCGGGCCGGGCUUCACAACGAAAACGCAGAAGGAGCUCGGGUUGCAUCUGCCGCCACAGCAGCAGAACAGCGACACUGCGGGCAGCACGCCCAAGGAGGAGGAGGAGGAGGAGCCCGUGUUCCGGUCGCACACGAUGCCCGUCAAGACCAUGUUCACGAUGGCGCAGCGGCUAAAGCAGGAGCGGCCACUGGACUCGAGCGGGUGGGCGGAUGGGCCACAGUUGGCGCGGAUCGAGAGCGAGCAGCUGCCGGACUCGCCGGCGGGGCCGGUCGGACCGGUCAGCGCGAGUGGGCAGCUGGAGUUCAACACGCUGCGGCACCAGAGCCAGAGCAGCGAUCUGGAGGGCUUCGGCGGCGCCAGCGACAGCAGCAUGACCAGCGCCUCGAAGAAGAAGAAGAGCUUGUUUGGGAAAAUCUCGAAAGGGAUAAAGAACUUCGUUGCGGAUGGAUUUAAGCGGAAGGUGAAGGAGGGCUUGAAGGAGACUCCGGACGGGCUGCAGCGGCCGCAGUCGGAGGUGGUGCCGGCGGGGCAGCAGCACUCGGUGCGCUUCCGCAUCGGCUCCGACCAGCCGCACGGCAUGGACUCACCGGGCGGCAGCCGUCGCGGCACCAAGACUGGCGUGUCAGACGGCAACCUUGACAGCAGCCCGCCCGCGCCCACGCGCAAGCUGGACCAGCAGCGCUCGGUGCGCUUCCAGGAGACGCCCGUCACCAUCAUCGGCGAGAGCGACGACAGCCUCAGCCGGCGGCCGCCGGAGCGCGACCGCGCCAGUGGCAGCUGCAGCGCCGGCGGCGCGCACGCGCACGCCCACGCGCACUCGCACUCGCAUGCCGCCUCUGGCGCCGGCAUGAGCGCGGGCGGCGCGGGCCCGCCGCUCGGCCCGGACGCGGACCUGGACCUUGAACACGGCAAGCGAGCCAAGCUGAUGGUGCACACGGAGGGGCCGCACACGCCGCCGCCCAUGGGGCCGGACGGCAUCCUGGGCCUGGACCCCUCGGAGCGCACCAGCGCCUCGCCGCAGCCGUCCUCCGAGCUGCAGGCGCUGGGCACGGGCCGCGCCAAGCUGUUCCGGCGGGCCAGCGUGGACCUGUACGCCCUGGGCCACAUGGCGCAGCCGGGCAUGGAGCCCAUGUCCCCGGACGGCGCGGCGCCGCCGGACGACCUCUCGGUGAUCUGCUCCAUCUGCGAGGAGGCGUGGCUCAGCACGCACCUUGAGGAGCACAGCAUACACUGUGCCGUGCUGCGCACGCUCAGCGGCAAUGGGCUCAGCAUAGACGCGCAGCUUACAACCAUUGCCAACGUGCUGGAGGAGUGGCUGGAGACGCCGCUGGCGUUCCCGGCGCUCGGCCCGGCCCCCAACGUCUUCCACGUCAAAAACCAGCUGAUGAAGCUCAUCAAGGCGGCACGCAAUGCCGCGGCGCUGCAGCCCGACGGCUCCAAGGUGCCCACCACGCGCUGCUUCUCCAUCCAGGCGGAGCUGGGCGAGAUGCUGGAGACGGCGGAGCAGGCGGGCAAGCUGGCGGUGGUGACACAGACGUACGCGCACCGCGUCAUGCGGCUUAUAUCCGAGAAGGUCAACCUGCUGGCGGAGACGGGAGGGCCGCGGCAGCGCGCGCAGGGCGGCAGCGACGCGGGCGACAGCGGCACCAGCACGCCGCGCAGCAUGCCGGGCAUGUCCAUCGAGGAGUUUGAGAUCAUCAAGCCCAUCAGCCGCGGCGCCUUCGGCCGUGUCUACCUCGCGCGCAAGCUGGCCACCGGCGACCUGUUCGCGAUCAAGGUCAUGAAGAAGCGCGACCUGAUCCGCAAGAACAUGGUGGAGUCCGUGACCAACGAGCGCAACAUCUUGGCCAUGGCGCAGAACCCCUUCGUGGUGCGCUUCUACUACAGCUUCACCUCGCGGGAGAACCUGUACAUCGUCAUGGAGUACAUCAACGGCGGCGACUGCUACAGCCUGAUGCGCAAGUUCGGCGCACUGGACGAGGAGGUGGCGCGGCAGUACAUCGCGGAGACGGUGCUGGCGCUGGAGUACUGCCACGCGCAGGGCAUCAUCCACCGCGACCUCAAGCCCGACAACCUGCUCAUCAACGCGCAGGGCCACGUGAAGCUGACGGACUUUGGGCUCAGCUGCGUGGGCGUCAUCGACCGCACCGACAACCUCAACGGGCCGCAGCCAAUGGACACAGACGGGCCGGAGCACGAGGGCCCGGACUCGGCAUGGGGGCCGUCGACGGAGGGCAACGGCUACGCCGGCGGCGACGCCAUGGACGCGUCUGGGCCGCGGCCGGCGGACGAGGGGCCCACCUCCAACACCUCGCUGGACGGCGCCAUGCAGAGCGGCAGCCAGCACGGCGGCGCCAGCGGGCGCGUGUCGGUGCCGGGCCAGGCGCUGGGCGCCGCCGCCUCCUCGCUGGGCCUUCCGCCUCGCCCCGUGGUGCAGCACCAACGCAUCGUGGCUCCCGAGCACGAGUCGCGCCGCGCGGUGGGCACGCCCGACUACCUGGCGCCCGAGCUGUUGCUGGGCACGGGGCACGGCCCCGAGGUGGACUGGUGGGCGCUGGGCGCCAUCCUGUACGAGUUCAUCACCGGCGCGCCGCCCUUCAACGCCGAGACGCCGGAGGAGAUCUUUGACAACAUCCUGGAUCGCCGCAUCACGUGGCCGGACGAGGACGACAUGAGCUGCGAGUGCCGCGACCUGAUCGACAAGCUGCUGCACCCCAACCCGCUCAAGCGCCUGGGGCACAGAGGCGCGGGUGAGGUAAAGCUGCACCCCUGGUUUGAGGGGCUAGACUGGACCGGGCUGGUGCGCAACAAGGCGGCCUUCAUCCCGGCGGUGGAGGACGAGACUGACACCUCCUAUUUCGAGUCAAAGCACGUCAGCCAGCGCUCCAUGGCGGAGGACCUGGACAAGCUGCGCACCAGUGUGGCGGGCGGCUCGGAGCGCUCCAGCGCGCAGGCGGGGCCCAGCAGCGGGCCCGCGCAGCUGGGGGCGGGGCCAAGCAGCGGGCCGGCGGGCGGCCGCACCCAGGUGGACCGGCUCAAAGACGCGUACCACCGCGAGGGCUCAGGGCUGCGCUCGGUGGGCUCCUCCAACAGUCACGGCUCCAGCCACAUGAGCCGCACCAGCUACACGGGGCAAGCGGGCGCGGUGGCGUCGGGCGGGCAGAUGCAGUGCGGGCCAGACUCGGCCUCGCUGGACGCAGCCACGGUGUCGCGCAUGUGUAGCAGCCCCAGCCACGCCGCCCACGCACAGAUGCACAGCAGCGGGCCGGAGAGCGCGGCAAAUCCGCCCGGCAGUUACGGCGGGCCGCGCCACAGCGGCAACGUCACCGGCGGCCUGGUGUCCGGGACGCUGCACCCGCGCAAUAGCGUGGGCAGCAACUCGGGCGUGGCGCCGCUGCUGCUCGGCGGCGUGGGUGCGCGCAACAGCGGCUCCGGCGCGCGGAAUAGCGGCUCGGGCGCACGCAACAGCGGCUCGGGGGCUCGCAACAGCGGCUCCGGCGCGCGCGCAAGUGCCUCUGGGUCUGCCGGCGCGAGUGGGCUGUCGGAGCGGCCGUCUCCGGGCUCCAUUGGCACGGGUGCGGGCGGGACCAUGUCGGGCCUCAACACGUGCGGCGGCACGGUUGAGGGCACCACAGACGUGGGCAGCUUGCGCGGGGCGAACAUGUAUGAGGAGGCGGAGGACGCGUACCCGGACGAGGACUAUGUGGAGGAGGAGGGCGUGGAGGUGGAUGUGGAGGAGCACGACGAGGACGAGGAGGCCUUGGCCGGCGACGGCGACGGCGACGGCGGGCCGGGCUCGCGGCCGCGCGCGGGCGUGCUGCUGGACGAACCCACGGCCGGCACGGCGUCGGGCAGCGGCGACGAGGAGGGCAUUGACCUGAACCACGACCCCUUCAACAACUUCUCCUUCACCAACUUCACGGGGCUGUCGGCCGCAAACAUGGAGAAGAUCCAGAAGCUGCGCGAGCACUUCAACCGCCGCACGUCGUACUCGGGGCCGGACCAGGGAGGGUGAGGGUGCCUAGGAAACCGCAGGAGGGGGGCAGGAUGGUGGAGGAGGAGGAGGCCGCGCUGGUGGAGCACGUGUGUGGCUCAGCGCACCCGCGGCGCUGGGCAGCUCGUUGCGAUAACGAGCGUGGCGUGCCCCCGCGGCAGUAGGGGGCGGUUGGUGUAAGGUUAGGACGGGGGGCGUCUGCGCGAGCGCGGGGCGCGUAUUUGUAUGUAUCAGCAAGUGUUCGUGCGCGCGACAGGAGACUUCCAAACUCUGACGCAUUACAUUAUCUCGGGCUUUCCAGACUCUGUAUUGACAACAAAUGACGCGUAAAGACUACCGGUUACACUGGAAGACGUGGAACGGCGUGUUUAGAUACCCAAGACGGUGUUUUCCAAAACAGGGGGGGACCCAAUGUGGUCGGCUGAACUGUUGCAAAUGUAGGCUGAUUAGGAAAGUUCGGGCGCGCGACUCAUAUGGAAGUUACGGAUGAGUACGAUAGGCGCCGCUUUAGGCACGAGCGCGACUCACUGGUGUUUGCUUGCGUGUUCGGGGACUGUGUGGGUAGUGUGGGCGAUGGAAUGGCAGGUGGACGACGUUGCGCCAAGUUGUGGCGCUUUCUAACGGGUGGAUCCGACGUAUUAGGUUGCACAGCUUUAGGCUGGUCUGUGCGCUGCGGACAUACACUGCCUCGGCAGAGCAGGCAGAACCGCAGAAGGCGCGCGUAAUGCGCGGCAAACACCAGUGACGGUGGGUGUGCAGGGGGCGUGUACUUUAAGAGGACCCCCGAGAGCUGUAUAAUUCAGCUGAGAACUUUCGGCGUCAGAUGGCGGGUGCCGGCCUGCCGGGUGAAUGCGGGGUGAUCACUUCACAAUGCGGUACCGCAGGGACGAUUGGAGGGCACCCCUCGCCUUCGCAUUAGAAGUCACAUUACCGUGACGAAUGAGCAAACCCGGACGCGGAACCCCCCGGCUUUGCCCCACUCAUCGGUUUUACGCCGGCACCGUGGGUUGUUGUCUUAAGAUGAUGAGCU